UCCACACAAAUUAACAUCAAGUAAAUAUGUCUCUAUCUAUACAACUCCUAACGCACAACGUAUAAUUAGUUGUGGACUUAUUCUUAGAGAAGAACGAGAAGACUUUCCAAGUCUACUCUUCAUGCAAGUAUACAAUAUGACUACUGCUUUCAUGAUUUAUAAAAAGACUGAUAAUUAAUACGUUUCUCUAAUUAUUUAGCAUCAUACAUACUAGAUACUACCACCUUUCAACAACCAUGUUAUCCUUCUGUUUACCCUUCUUUUCUGUGGUCCUACUCUUCUGUUCCACCACCGCGCAACCAUACCAUGCCACCGAUCGCUUCUUCCUCGACUGCGGUUCAUCCUCCUCCACAACCACUUGGGACCGGAGAUGGGAUGGUGAUGAGAAUUCCAAAUUCGUGCCUUCCAAUAUCAUCGCCACUUCAUUUUCAUCUAAAUGCAAUCCAGAUUCUUCAGUACCCCAAACCCCUUAUUCUUCUGCUAGAAUAUUUAACACUUCUUCAUUCACUUACACAUUUCCUGUGUCCCAAGGUCCCAAAUUCCUCCGCCUAUAUUUCUAUCCUGCCACUUACUCCAGCCUCAACCCUGAACAUUCUUAUUUCUCAGUGUCAUCCAAUGGCUUCUCUCUCUUAACCAACUUCAGUGCUUUCCUAACUGCCUCCUUUCUGGCAAAGACCCGGUCCGAUGCAGGAGUUGAUGGUCCCCCUGUUCCAAACCUUGUUAAGGAAUUCAUGAUCUAUGUAAAAGAUAUACAAACCCUGAACGUUACCUUUAUGCCCUCACCCGACUCUUAUGCCUUCAUCAACGGUAUUGAAAUCGUUUCCAUGCCUGAAAAUUUGUAUUUUAACCGUAGCGACUUGAAAUUUGUUGAUCAAAGGACAGGAUACAUGGUUGACGAGAAAAUGGCUUUUGAAAACUUAUACCGGAUAAACAUGGGUGGGGGACGGGUACCUGAUGAUACUGGUAUGUACAGGCCAUCAUGGGAUCCAGAUAACAAUUACAUAGACGGAGCAGUGCGUGGGAAAACGCCUGUUAAUGAGACUCUGAUAACAUACACCUCUGAGACGCCCAGUUAUACCGCACCUGAGCCAGUUUAUGCUACCCAAAGGAGUUUGGGCCUGUCUAAAGAUCUGGCAUGGAGACUUCCUGUUGAUUCUGGGUUUUAUUACAUGCUCAGGCUCCAUUUUUGCAACAUUAUGCCAAAUAUAACAAAAGUAGGUCAGACGGUCUUUACGAUUUUGAUUAAUAAUCAAACUGCAGAGGAGCAGGCUGAUGUAAUAUAUUGGGCUGGAGGUAGCGGGCAUCCUGUAUUUAAGGAUUACGUUGUGUUUGUGAAUGAUCUAGAUGGCCGAAAAAGCAAGCAAGAUUUGAUUUUACUUAUCCGUCCGGACUCCCAUUCUGAGUUAUUUUUAGACGCUUAUUUGAAUGGUUUGGAAGCCUUCAAGCUGAGCAUGGAUAGAAAUCUCGCUAGCCCAAACCCUGAGCUUAGUUCCACAACCCCACCAACAGGGCAGACAACUAAUGUAAAAAGGAACAAGAAGAAACCUCCAUAUGCUGUGCUAAUUGGAGGUAUUGGAGGAGCGUUCGUCUUGUUGUCAAUCUUAGUUCUCAUAGUUAUGAAGCAACGAAGGCGAGUCAAACAUUAUGGUGCCUCCGAGGACAAGGCAUCAUACGGGCCAGCGUAUAGUGAAUCAAAAUCUUCACAUUCAACACUGCCAUCAGAUCGAUGUCGUCGCUUCUCACUAAGCGAAGUGAUGGCAGCUACGAAUGAAUUUAAUGAUGAUUUCGUCAUAGGAAAUGGUGGGUUUGGUAAAGUGUACAAAGGGUACAUGGACGAUGCUGCAACCAUUGUUGCAAUCAAACGGCUAAAUGAAUCAUCCAAUCAAGGUUUACGGGAAUUCCAUACAGAAAUAGGGAUGCUGUCUAAACUACGCCAUGUCCAAUUAGUGUCCCUAAUUGGAUACUGUGAAGAUGAGGGAGAGAUGAUACUGGUCUACGAUUACAUGGCUAACGGAACUCUACGCGAACAUCUGUACAAGACAAACAACCCACCUCUGCCAUGGAAAAGACGUCUCCAAAUUUGCAUCGGUGCAGCUAAAGGGUUGCAUUACCUCCACACGGGUGCAAAACGUGCAAUAAUUCAUAGGGAUGUCAAGUCCACAAAUAUCUUACUGGAUGAAAAUUGGGUUGCUAAGGUAUCUGAUUUUGGUUUGUCAAAGCUAGGCCCUAAUGAUCAAGCACAAAACCAUGUUAGCACGGUAGUGAAGGGUAGUAUUGGGUACGUGGAUCCCCAAUAUUACCGAAGCCAAAAACUUACAGACAAAUCUGAUGUUUACUCAUUUGGUGUUGUUCUGCUUGAAGUAUUGUGUGCAAGACCAGUUAUGAUUCCCGGGCUGCCCAGAGAACAGGUGAGUUUGGCAGAAUGGGGGAAAUAUUGUUAUCGGAAGGGGACCCUGAACAAAAUAAUUGAUCCAAAACUAAGGAGCGAGAUUGCACCCGAGUGUUUAAAGCAGUUUGGAGUGGUGGCAGUUAGUUGCUUGAAAGAGCAAGGAAUAGAAAGGCCAACCAUGGAUGAAGUAGUUUGGGGACUAGAGUUUGCAUUGGAGCUACAAGAAGCUGCUGAUAAAAAGGUUGGUGAAGCAGUGUCUGAAAAUCAAGAACUUCCAUCUCUAAUGCAAGGAGCGACAAGAGCAACAACACCAACAGACGAAGAUGUGUUCACAGGAUCAAGUGCGAUAAGAAAUGGCACGUCGUCGAUUAGUAGCAGCAAUGAAGCGUUCAAGUCAGAAACAGUUUUCUCUGAGAUUCUUAAGCCAGCUGGAAGAUGACAUAAGUUGGAAUUCUAGAGCCAACCCACAAACAAUCAACGUUAUAAUAGGAAUAUGCGGGGUUUAAAUUUCGGUUGUGGUGAUUGUAUUAGUAGGAUAGUGGAAAAAUUAUAUGCGAUUUCCAUGAUUCUCCCUUUACAUAUUGAUGUUUAAUUAUAGGCACCACGUAAUGAAUAAAUUUCAUACAAUUGUGAUAGUUCA